UUCAUCACCACCAUGAUUCAGGCCUUGAAUCCCAGCAGCUCCACCAUCUCCAAAACGGCCGAAAUCCUGUCUCGCUACCGGCCCAUUGCUCCCCGGCCCGAUGUUCCCGCCAACCCCACUGACAACAAUAAUAAUGGAGAAGAAUCUGAGAAGAUCAAGCAGUCUCCUUACCUGAGGAACGUCUGGCCGCAGCUCCAGGCUCGCCCCACCCGGACCAGGAAGCGGGGCAGGAACGCCUUUGCGCCGCCGCCCCCCAUGGAUAAGCGCCCCAGAGCGCAGUUUUUCGGCUUCUCUCCGCCUUGCCGGAUAACCACCACUUCCCCUGCCAAGAGCCUCGCCCUGCAGGGCUUCGCCCAUGGCGUCAAUAGCUUCAAUAUUAACAUUCCCCAGCUCCAAAUCCCCAGCUUCCUGGGCCUGCUUGGCAAUCCCGACCAGCUUCCCCUUUCGCCUUGUCCGUCUCUCCCGAUCCUCGCCCAUCAACCACCGCCGGCGACACCCGAUCAUUCUGAAGGUGACAAAGGAAUAGAUCUGAACAAAGCCGCCGAAGUUCCCGAAGAAAAAGAUCUGCUGCAGCAACUCCAAGAACAACGCAUCAGCAGCAACAGCGUGAUAACACCUCGGCCGGUCCGGCCGGUCGGCUCGACCAUAAUCGUUCGAAGCAUAAACGAAGAGCCGGGCACAAAUCAGGCUCCCCAGGUUCCGAAGAAAAGAGAGGAGGUGGAGGAAGAGAUUGAAUUGGAGGCCCUCCCGGCGGUGGUGUCAGACUCGAACAACAAAGUAAGACUGGCGAAUUCGGCCUACAAAACGAUGGUGGGUCAGCCGGAAUGUUCCUGGCUCGACUGCACGGUGAAGUGCGACGGCCGGCACAGCGCAUGCAAGAGGAUCUGCGGCGAGGUGGUGCUUCAAUUUUCCGAUAAAAGUGUACCUGUUUCAGCAACUGGGUUUUCUUGCUGGGUGACGAUAGAGUGGGGAAGCAAUGGCAAGCAUUGCUCCGUCCACGCCUUCUGUGAUGCCAUGAGGUUGUGGUGCGAGUCCAGGGACUACCUCUUCGCUUGGAGGAUCCAUACCGGCGAGGCUUCUGACCUGUCCCGUUUGAACGGUUGA